AUGCGUCGUGUGUUUCCUGUUCCUUUUCGCUCCUUGCUCCUCUUUACUACCCUGAGAUUGGACGUUGUGGUACCGGUUUCGACUACCAUUUCUACGUGUGCUAGUUCGGUCAGAUCUUUAUCUUUAGGUCCCGUCUCGAGAAAUAUAAAUUGGACGGCGCUUGUGAAGGGAAAUUGCAUCGCGUGGAAUUCUCAUAACCGUAUACCUAUUCCUCAAUUUUCGCAAGCUCGAAGCGCAGAGAUGUCGACUUCGAAUGCGGAAGUAAAAGAGGUGGUUGAUAAGGCAGGGGAGCCGGCAAGUAAGCAAGCGGAGAUAUUGGGAGAGAAUGAGGGGAGGGAAGAAGCAUUGAAGGAGAUUGAAAAGGUAGAGGAGAAAAUAGAAAAGAAAGAACAGAAGAAAGAAGAAGCGCUUCCGAAAUUAAGCGCUGCAGAUUUUAAAGUCUACAAUUCCAUGGCGGAACGUAUGAAUUACUUUCACAAUCACUUCCGCCAAACAUGGACGCUUCUCAAAACCGCCACGACCAAUAACCAACGACCGCGCAAUCUCUCUCUCCGCCAAUUCCUCCAAACCGGACUUUCCUUUCUCUCGCAACUUGAAGCCCACCACGGCAUCGAAGAACAGCACAUCUUUCCUGUUCUGGCGCGCAAGAUGCCGGAAUUCGCGAAUGGAAAAAAUGCAGCUGAGUUGUUGCGACAGCAUAGGGAAAUUCAUAAGGGGAUGGAUGUUAUGCAGGAGUAUCUGGAGAAGUGUAGGGAUGGAGAGACGGAAUUGAGUUUGAAGGUUUUGGGGGAGAAGAUGGAUGGGUUUGGGGAAGUGUUGUGGAAGCAUUUGGAUCAGGAGGUGGAGACUUUGGGGGCGGAGAAUAUGAGGAGGUAUUGGUCGAAGGAGGAGAUGAGGAGGUUGCCGAUGUAAGGGGGGUGGGCAGGUGUAGGGCCUUUUUAUAUAUAUAUUGAGGGGUCAGGGGUAGGAAGAUAUAGGGGAAUAGACGUUUAGCGAGGCUGAAGAAGCGGAAGCGGGGAGGUAGGUGCUGUUAGGGGUAGUAUAUUGAAGUCAAUAAGAGGGAUGAGAGGACAUGUGAAUUUCUUGAAAUUAGCCAGCCUGAAGAUUUAUAUUAUACAGAGAAAAGAGAAAAGAAAAGAAAAACAUUGAACAUUCAAUCUUCAUAGAAUACAAGAGCAGCGUGAUUCA